GGACCUCAUCAUGCUUUCUCCUACAUGUGUGCUGCUCUUUGUGAGUGUAGUUGUGCUGAGGGCCCACUGUGACAACAAACUUGUACGGAAAAAGAAAGAAUGGAUCAUCCCCGCAAGGCCACUAAAGGAAAAUAACGAUUACACGAGUCAAGAGUUCAUCGCCAAGAUUCGAUCGGAUUUUGACACUGAUCAGGAUAUUACUUACUCUCUGGAGGGUGUCGGCGCCAACGAGUACCCAAUUAACGUCUUUGUGGUCAACCCCAAAACUGGAUUCAUCCGAGUGACCAAAGUACUGGACAGGGAGGUGAUUGACACCUACAGCAUGUUGGGCGUGGCAAAGUUUAAUGAUGGCACCGAUGCCGAAAAGAAGAUGGACAUACGAAUCAAGGUGGUCGAUGAAAACGACAACGCUCCGGUGUUUGACGCCAUGAAGCCUGUGGACGUGUACGAACUCAGUCCUUCAGGUACGCCAGUCAUGAGAGUCACUGCGACUGAUGCUGACGAACCGGGAAACCAGAACUCCCUGCUGGUCUACUCCAUUGUAAAGCAGAACCCCCCUGAUGACAUGUUCUUAAUGAACAACGAUGGAAACAUCUUUGUCAAAAAGCCGUCUUUGGAUAGAGAGAGAGUAGAUCAGUACAUUGUGACGGUGAAGGCUCAGGACCUCAAUGGCAGACCACAAGGACUCACUGGGACUAGUACAUUGACCAUCAAUGUGCUGGAUAUCAACGACAACCUUCCUACUCUGGAAAAGGAAGAGUAUGAGGGCAGCAUUGAGGAGAACACGCAAGGCGUGGAGGUGAUGAGAAUCAAAGCUCAAGACUUGGACCUGGAGGACACAGAAAACUGGGAACCCGUGUUUGAUAUCGUCAAAGGUAACGAGGCCAACUACUUCAGCAUCAAAAAGGACCCAAAGACCAACGAGGGCAUCCUCAUGCUUGAUAAGCCUGUGGAUUAUGAGAAUGUGAAGAACCUGGACCUUGGACUAACAGUGAGGAACAAGGCUCCACCUCAUGGAAAACUUACGGAAAGCACAUCAUAUAAGACCUAUCCCAUCAAAAUCAACGUAAAGAAUCAGCGUGAAGGACCACAUUUUGAUCCCAAAGUCAAAGUGAUUACUAUGUCAGAGGGAGGCUCCACCAGCAUAAAGGACAUUAUUGCCCGCUACCCAGCGAUGGACCAGGACACUGGGAAACCAGCUGAGAAUGUCAGAUAUGUUAAAGGUUCUGACCCUGACAACUGGCUCACCAUCGACCCAGACACGGCUGAGAUCAGGAUGAACAAGAUGCCUGACAGAGAGUCGACUUUCCUGGUUAACGGGACAUACUAUGCCAAAGUACUCUGUAUUUCGGAAGACAUGCCCUCAAGCACCGCUACUGGCACCGUAGCCAUCCAGGUGGAAGAUUUUAACGACCACUGUCCCACCCUGACCAGUACUAUCGAGACGAUGUGUAUUCCAAACGAUGCUGUUUUUGUCACCGCCAUCGACGAGGACGAAUUCCCAAAUGGAGCUCCUUUCACCUUUGAAAUCAUUCCAGAAGGCACUAAAGGCAAAUGGCAGGUGGAACGUCUUAAUGAUACUACAGCCAUCCUGAGAGCCCAGGAGUCCAUGUGGCCUGGUUUACACGAGGUGCAAUUGUUGGUGAAGGAUGGGCAGGGGGUGGCGAGCCCAAAACCCCAGAAGGUGACAGUCCAAGUGUGUACUUGCGAGGAUGAAGUGAGGUGUGGAAAACGAGACGCCCAUGGUCAGCCCAGCAAAAGAGCAGCGUUGGGACCUGCAGGCAUUGGACUGCUGUUACUGGGCCUGCUGCUGCUCUUACUCAUUCCUCUGCUGCUGCUCUUCUGCCAAUGUGGGGGUGCUGUGGGGCUGCCAGGAGACGCACGUGACAUACCGUUUGAGACCAAGUCGCACUUAAUCAACUACUGCACCGAGGGUCAGGGAGAAAAUACGGAGGUGCCGCUGACCUACUUGCCGACACAGGUGGUCUCGGGGGCCCAAGAUGUUGGAGAUCAAAUGAAUCAGUCCGCUUUUGUGGACGAAAACAUAGAGCAGUCGUGGGUGAUGAACCAGGCCAACAUGAACACCUUCUACUCCAGGUUGGGGACCAGAGCGGUAGGAGCCGCGGCCGCAGGGACGUAUGACAGCAUUGCGCUGCCAGAUCACAUCCUCGCCCAAUAUUACAUGCAGAAGUCGCGCAGCGGAGGAGAGAGCCUUGCGGUGAAGGAUACUCUCUUGAAAUACAACUUUGAGGACCAAGGCUCCUCCGCUGGCUCAGUGGGCUGCUGUAGCCUCCUGGAGUCCAGCAACGACCUGCAGUUCCUUGAUGACCUCGGCCCAAAGUUCAAAACCCUGGCAGAGGUGUGCAGUGGCAAGAAAAUCCAGCAGGUGGCCACUCCACUGCCCAGCAAAUCCUCAACAAAGGUUGUGAGUGAACCCCUGCCAGAACCCCCAAAGCUGUCAACAGUAGAACAUACUGUGAUAAAGAAGACGGAUCACUCUCAGGUCCUGAAAAAAAACACAAUGACCACAUCGGCGCAAGGAGUGGAAAAUCAAGGCCAAAUGUUCCUGGUCCAGCAGCAGCAGCCUGUUUACUACACCACCACCACUCCAAUGCUGCAACCCAUGCAUUAUGUGGUCCAGCCACAAGUCCAGAACACCAUGCUGCUGGCAGAGGCGCCAGCUACUAAUCUCCAGGGCAUGGUGCUAGCAGCACCCGCACAAGGCAUGCUAGUGCAGGGGCAGACAGCGGUGUCUGGUGGACAAACUAAGAACCCUGGCAUGGUUCUGGUGGACAACACCAAGAUCCAGACCGGUAGAGCAACCACAUCUGGCCUGCAGGCCAUGGUGGUCAUGGAAAGCAAGGUCCCCGCAGGCUCUGUUAAGGUGCUAAAGGGGAGCCCAACUUCUCUCGUGCAAGGGGGCGCUUUGCAGCCAGCAGGGAUUUCAGGAGCUCAGAGAGUCCUGGUGGUUGACGACUCAUCCAGGGGAAGUAGGCAAACCCUCCAGGAAGCAAAAGGUGCAUCCCAGAAGAGGAACACCUCUGGAUCUGUAAAAUCCUUCAGCAGCAAGAGCCCCACCAAGUCCACUGGAUCUAGCAUGGCUUCAUCCACCAGCAUCGCCGUAAGCAGAAUCCCAUCAUACCGCAAGGUGGUGAUACAGGAGACACGGAAAUAAUGGAUUUUCUUUUUACCUGUGCCAAUGAGACUUGAUCUGACCCGGUCCAAUUAAUAGAGAGUCCAUAAGAUCAGCAGGCUCCACCCACUCAAUGUUGGCUACUGUUCCUGACGGGAUGUGGAAACAAACAGGUAACACUGGAACUAUGGAUCCAGUCACCCUGUCUGCAAACAACUGUUCUCUUUUUUGAAACAUCAGACAUAAUAUACUUUAAAAUGGUUUUGUGUUAUGCACUUCUUAGCACUGAAGGUAAAGACGGUUAGCCGUUUCCUGUCCACGAUGAAAAAGAAAUUAAAAUAUGAGUUCCUUUAAGUUGUGAGGUUUAAAAUAUACAUUUAGACAAUAUGCAAUGAAAAUAGCUUAGAUUUACUGGAAGCAGUCUCUUUUCUACGUUUCUAAGAACAACAUUUUCUACACAAAAGUUGAACAUUUUAAUGAAAGUACUUCAGGCAGUUCAAAUGAACAAAAUGCGACAAGAAUGCACAGGGCCGCACAUGCAAUAAGUGGAUUUGGGUGUGUCUGCACUGAGAUUGUGUCUGAGCAUGUGUGAGCCUCCCCAGCCGCCUCCUGCAGAACCGGUUUUUACCCCGAGCACUCACGCUGAACUCGCCCCGUCUUUUUUCACACCCGGCGUGUUGCCGUCGCUAGGUGAAAGGUCAAUGUGCAAGCCCAGGACUUGGUUAGUCCACAGUAGCAGCCACUUCAUUAGGUACACACGCACAAUCCAAUGAGCUGUGGUACAAGAGCUGUUCAUUUAAAGUGUUUAUUAUGCGUUUGUACAGGAUACAACAGCAGCUUGGUGAACUAAACAACAAACAACCCACACACAGACACACCUGUUAAAAAAGCAGCUUUCCACACCACAACCCAUCCAGUCCAACCUCUCAGUCUCAACUUUAUAAUUAACUCUAAGCCGUAAGUCUGUUUUAUUCACUGCGAGGGUUUUUUUUUACGAUAUUUGACAUGUCGUGAGACGCUGUCCGGCGCGCAGGGCUCAGAUGUCGCUGAUGAAAAUUUUAUGUCAGUAAAAUGAGAUUACAUGAAGUGUCAUGUUGACUAGCAGGCUGUAAGACGCUAACUGGUACUGUAUGACCCGUGUGAAAUAGCUUGUUACUGGCCACUCUUCCGGUGGAAUGAGACACACUUUGUUUUGCCACCAGGAAGGAGAAUAACCAGGACGGUCGUUCACUAACAACCACAACAUCCCUAUUGUGACCACCCCCAGUGGAUGCACCCAGCAGGGACAUAAAUAGGGAGACUCCACGCUCCUAUUGUGUGCCAAAAAUGACAUGUUUGUAGAUAAAUGUGUUUCAUUGGACAGCAAUAAUAACUGAUGAGCUGCUUAAAAGGUGUGGUUGUCUGCUCUUAAGUCUCGACUGGUCGCGUGUGUCAUUUUAACGUGACUCACGUCCAAGUCAUAGAAUAGAAUCAAGGCCUAGUACAACACCGAACUGACUACUGAGCUUAUUGUGUCACAUCAGGGGGAUGCAGGGAAUACUGUGGAUUGAUGGUUGUCUAUAGCUAUCGUAGACAGACACAGGUCACAGUUUGUACAGUAUCAAAAACAACUGGAGGAUGGCUGUUCAUGUGACAUCAAAUCAAUUGGCCACAAUGUCGAAAAGUCCACCAGGUCUAUGUGUCUCCGCAAAACACAAGAGAACAAACACAGGACAGUUUGUGGUAUGUAGUGUACUUUAAGAGAUGUUGUUUCAUGUGUUUGUAUUGAAAAAACUUGGGUACAAAGCAUGGGGUCUAAGUGAAAAUGUGCUGAUGUCACAUGAUCCAAUAAGAAAACAGGACAAACCACAAAUGACUGACGUGUCCUGAGUCACAGCGGCAGUGUUUGUUUUCAACGCAGCGACAGAAGCAGAGUGAGGAGUGACAACAACAUUGUUCUCCUGGAAUGAGCUCCAACUUACUCACACUCUCUGGGUGGGACGCUUUCUGAGCAAUUUUGGGUGGGACUCUAAUGGAACUUUGAAAACAACCACAGCACCUUCAGCUGACACUGACGUUCCUGUCAUCUUGUCAUUGUUACAACUUUAAAUAUGAUAGAAACAUCAUACUUCACAGCUAUAUCAAAUGAUGGUGUAAAUAUGGUACAUUCCAGGUACAUUAAUUAGGAUGUAAAUAUGUUUCAGUACAUUAGAGGUACAUUAAAUAUGGUGUAAAUUUGGUACAUUGCAGGUACACUAAGUAGGAUGCAAAUAUGUUUCAGUACAUUAGAAGUACAAUAUUAAAUAUCAUGUAAAUAUGGAACAUUGAAGGUACAUUAAGUUGGAAAUAAAUAUAAAAUUACAAAAAUUAAAAUUACAAGUAAAUAUGGUACGUGAGAUGUACAUUAGGUAGGAUGUAGGUGCAUGAAUUAUGAUGUAAAUAUGGCACAUUAAAGGUCCAUUAAGUUGGAUGCAAAUAUGGUACAUUUGUGGUAUGAAGACUAUUAAAUGUGAUGUAAAUAUGGAACAUGACAGGUGCAUUAAAUAUGACGUAAACAUGGGAUAUUAGAGGUACGUACAUUAAAUACGAUGCAAAUAUGAUACAUGGGAUGUAUAUUAAAUAUCAUGUAAAUAUGGUACAUUACAGGUACAUUAAAUAUCAUGUAAAUAUGAUACAUGAGGUACAUUAAAUAAGACGUAAAUAUGGUAUAUGAGAUGUAUAUUAAAUGUCAUGUAAACAAGGUACAUGAGAGGUACAUUGAAGAUGCAGACAUCGUACAUUAAAUAUGAUGUAAAUAGGGUACACAAGAUGUGCAGUGUAUAUUAAAAAUCACAUAAAUAUGGUACAUGAGUGUACAUGAUUAUGAUGUAAAUGUGGUCAUUUUGACGUAAAUUAGAAGUACAUUAAAUAUGAUAUAAAUGUUACAUUACAGGUGCAUUAAACAUGACGUAAAUAUGGUACAUUACAAUUACUAUGCAUUAAAUAUGAUGUAAAUAUGGUACAUUAGAAGUACAUUAAAAAUGCUAUAAAUAUAUUACAUAAGAGGUACAUUAAAUAUGAUGUAAAUAUGGUACAUUAGAAGUACAUUAAAAAUGCUAUAAAUAUAUUACAUAAGAGGUACAUUAAAUAUGAUGUAAAUAUGGUACAUUAGAAGUACAUUAAAAAUGCUAUAAAUAUAUUACAUAAGAGGUACAUUAAAUAUGAUGUAAAUAUGGUACAUUAGAAGUACAUUAAAUAUGCUAUAAAUAUAUUACAUAAGAGGUACAUUAAAUAUGAUGUAAAUAUGGUACAUUAGAAGUACAUUAAAUAUGCUAUAAAUAUAUUACAUAAGAGGUACAUUAAAUAUGAUGUAAAUAUGGUACAUUAGAAGUACAUUAAAUAUGCUAUAAAUAUAUUACAUAAGAGGUACAUUAAAUAUGAUGUAAAUAUGGUACAUUAGAAGUACAUUAAAUAUGCUAUAAAUAUAUUACAUAAGAGGUACAUUAAAUAUGAUGUAAAUAUGGUACAUUAGAAGUACAUUAAAUAUGAUUUCAAUGUGGCAUAUUAGAGGUACAUUGUAAAUAUAGUACAUUACAUUAAAAGUAUGUUAAACAUUGUGUUAAUAUGGUACAUGAGAGGUACACAAAAUGUAAUAUAAAUAUGUUGCAUUCAUUAUUAUGUAAAUAUGGUACAUGAGAAGUACAUUAAAUAUGAUAUAAAUACGGCACAUGGGGGUAUGUUCAAUAUGAGGUAAAUACAGUACAUGAGAGGUACAUUCAAUAUGAUAUAAUAUGGUACAUGAGAGGUACAUUAAAUGUAUUUUUUUUAGGUUGUAUGUUGUCAUUUAGCAGACAAAGACAAAGAUAAGUAACUAUGUGACACGUUACUUAUGUUAUCUUUACAGUUGCUUGUCGCCAUUAACGAAGUAGUCGUAAAAGUGUGAGUGCUGCCUUCACAGAAGUUUGUAUGCUUUCAGGGCAAUUUGUUCAUAAUUUAUGGUCAUUGUGCCUCGUGCCAUGUUUACUAUUUUACUACGCUACAGCCGUUGACAUUGACUGGCCACAAUAUUAGGCACAGCAGCUUUCUCAAACAUUCAUCCUUGCAAAAGGCAUUAGAGGUAUUCAUUUAACACUACAUUUAGUGAUGUGAUCAUACCGAGAGCUAUCAUGUAGCUUCACCAGGGUACUGCAUUACUUUAGCUUGUACAAACUCACCUAAUGUAAACUUCACUCCAAAGCCCACAAAACUUUUUUUUUGUCUACUAGUAGCGAUACAGCAGUAUUUAUACUAUUAUAUAUACUGUCUAUACUAUUAUUCACUACUUCUCACAUGAUGGAUGCAAGUUGUCACAUGACUACAACACCUUGAAACGAGAAAGGUCAUUCCGGCAGGAACAACUAAAACCUUUGAUGCAUAUGCAGUAAAUAAAGAAUAAUAUAUCUACUACUAUAUCAUAAUGACAGUGCAGUACUUUGUCUUAGAACACCUUAACAGUACUUCGAAUCUGAAAAAAACAGUCUGUUUAUUUGGUCGUCAAUUCAUGAAUGGCGACUGUGACAGCACAGCGUGCCGAGGUCACGAGCCCAAUGCCAACAGGCCUGACAUGUUCUCACUCUGCUGUGAGGCAAAAUAUGUGUCUUUUCUAUGUCUCGCUCUCUCUCUCUCACACACACACACACACACGCACACACACACACACACACACACACGCACACAGAGUAACCUGUCUCUGCCUGAA